UCUGUCUUCACACAGUUGUUCGGAGACGCAGAUAGCUAAUUAGCAAAGAAGAUGGCCCUACUAAGAUGAAACUGCGUGUCCGGCGGAGGGAGAGCGGAGGAGCCGGUCAGGAACAGGAAGAAACCUCGAAGGCCUCCUCYCAGUCGGUUUCGGCCGAGGCGUCUCCUGACUCUAAAUGCCCAAUCUGUCUGGACCGCUUCAACAACAUGUCUUAUCUGGACAGGUGCCUCCAUCGCUUCUGCUUCCGAUGCAUACAGGAGUGGAGCAACAACAAGGUGGAAUGUCCUCUCUGUAAGCAGCCGUUCUCCUCCAUCCUUCACUCGAUCAAGGCCCAGGACAACUUUAAAGAGUUCACUCUCAGACCACCGCCUGUUCCUGGAGAGAAUGGGACCGCAAUGAUCGCAGCUGCCGAAGCAGCCGCCGUUGCCUUGGUGACCGCCAGGGUAGAUGGUAGUCGUGGAGAACGAAGGAGGACGAGGAGAAGAGGAGGAGGAGGAGGAGGAGGGGUGGGGCAGGGGAGAGGAGGGAGAGAGAGGAGACAGUCAGGACGACUGUGGAGAGGGAGGGGCCUCUCUUCUGCUCCUCCUCUCCCUCCUCUUCAUCCUCCUCUUCUACCCAGGCCCGAGGAUGGAGGGAUGAGAGGGAGAUGGAUUGGAGAGGACCCGGGGGUCCUCUUUGAUGGGCUGCAGGUGCGUCGCCCCCACACUCGAUCGAGGGGUCGCGUCUAUGGUGCGUGCUGGCUGCUAGGGCGACGGUCCCAGAGAAGAGGGCGGCUCCCUAUAACCCUUGACCCCUGGUUACAGCGGGAGCUGACGGUGCUGUACGGCGCCCAUGGCUCAUUGGUCAACAUCGUCCAACGCAUCAUCACCUCGCGAAUCGCACGUCACGACAUGGAGGGAGGGGGUGGGGCCAUCCAGGACGAACUCCGUCCCUUCCUGCUGGCGAGGACUGAUCACUUCCUUCACGAGCUUAUCAGUUUUGCGCGUUCCCCUCUCAGUAUGGAUGUGUAUGACCAGCUGUCCAUCUACGACCCUCCUGCGCCGUCCUACGAGGACAGGAUGACAUCAUCAUCUAGCGACACUGACGACUCUGUCAUCGCCAUCUCGGAUGAAGAGGAAGAGGAAGGAGGGUCGGAGGGAGAACGAGAGAGACGGCCGGUGUCGGUAGCAGGAAGUAGCGCUCUGAGCCAAUCUGCUUGGGACGAUGAAACACCAGGACCCUCCUACUCUACAGCUGAGCCGUCCCAGUCCCCCAUGCCGCUGUCGAUCAGCCCAGGGGGGCGGGACUCUGGUCCAGCGGGGGCUAAUCAGAAUCCUGCUCAGGACAUGACAGCGGCAGGAGAUGGAGAGAGGGUUGAGGAGGGAGGAGAGGAAGAGGAGGGGGAACAAUGUAUGAUAGUAGGGUUUGUAAAAGCCAUGGCUGAGAGAACUCCUGAACUGGUCCAACUGUCCUCUGACCCCUCAGACGAAGAGGGAGAGAAACAGGAGAAGACUGUUCAACAAACAGCGUUAACCCCUCUCUCUCUCGUUAUCCCUCCCCUCUCCAUUCCAGUUCCCCCCAUCUCUCUGUUUAAAAACACCAGCACAGAGAGACUGGGAGUAAGACAUCUAGACAGAGAGAGCGAGCAGGUAGAAGAGAGACUCCUCUAUUGCCCUCUAGGGGAGAGAAGGGAGGGCAGACAGCGAGAACGGUCGUGUUCAGGGUCGCGGUCUAGAAGCAGACAUCGGUCAGCGAGCGUGUGGUCACGGUCCGGCCGGUCCAGGAGUUCUGAACGGAGCUGGUCAGCACGGAGCCCCGUGUCCGUACGGAGCGAUGACAGCAGCCAGGAACGGCGCCGGAAGAGACUGGCGAGAGAGCGGGAGAAAAGGAGAMAGGAGAAAGGAAGAGACUCCCACGACAGAGGCUCCUAUAGACAACACAGCAGAGAGCACAGUGGAGGAAGUGAGAGGAACAGAGGUAGAGAGAGAGAAAGGAUUCCGUACGAACCAGCCAGGUCCCAAUAUUCUAACACAGGAAUAUUCUUUAGUCCGGAAAACUGCGUCCUAUCCCAUUCCCCGUCCUUAUCCCGGAGUAGCCAGCGAGGACCAGAAUCUCCUGGGGAACACCGGCAUUCCCCACGCUCCGACAGCCUCUCUUCCUCCAGCUCCCUGUCCCAUCUCUCUACAGACAGACAGCAUUCCCGACAUUCCCCACGCUCCGACAGCCUCUCUUCCUCCAGCUCCCUGUCCCAUCUCUCUACAGACAGACAGCAUUCCCGACAUUCCCCACGCUCCGACAAGCCGGGAGGAAAGAGGAAAUAUAAGACACGGCAUCUGGAAGACCCUUCCUGGGAGCCAUCCAGCUCUGCACGGAGAGAGAGGGGGCGAGGCGGGGAGCGAGAGAAGGGGCGAGGCGGGGAGCGAGAGAAGGGGCGAGGCGGGGAGCGAGAGAAGGGGCGAGGCGGUGAGCGAGAGAGGGGGAGAGGCGGGACAGAGGCCACCGCUAGCCCCCGGAAAAGCAGAGGCAGUCUGAAAGAGAGUGGGAAGAAGAGGAGACGUCAGUCCCGCAGCCCCAGUGUUGAAAUCAUCUAUGAAGGGAUGACUGUGACCGCUGCUAGCCCCUUACGACCCAAACACAACCACAAACGCCGCGGCAACCACCGGAGAAAACAGCGUCACGACCACGCCCUCCAACGCUCUCCCGUGGUCAUCACCAUAGACAGCGACAGCGACAACAAACACRCGGUCCAAACGACCACGCUGGAAGAUGACGGCGCUCUGGAUUUAUCCGACCGUGCCACGGUCGAUUUCUCCGACCGUUCUUUGACCGUGCCUGGUCUUCCACUAGGCGACCACAACAACCCGGACAUGGGGGUUGAUAUCAGCGAUUUAGCGGUCGAUAUUCUCGACCGUUUUCUGAGCGUUUCGGACCGUAACUCGGACAUUGACCRCGAUGACGUCAUCGACCGUAAAACUAAUGUCGACGACGACUGUGUGGUUGACGUUUCUGUCAACGUCAAGGACCGCGUUCUGAACACAAACACGAAUGCGAUCGACCGUCCCCAGAACGUGGGCGGCCAUGUUCUCCCCCAGGUCAAUCUUAGCUGUGACCCUGGGGUCGCGACCUCUGACUCUCGUCUCCUAGCGACCAUCCUACAGGACCUGGAACACAUCGCGCUCCCUAACCUGUCCUUUUUCCCCAACCUGAACCCRAACCCUAACCACAGCCGUAAUUCAACCACACCGGACCACAGUGAAAACGCCAGGCCGGCCAGAGAGACCACGCCGACUCCUUGGUCCUCUGAGAGAGAGAACGCCAGGCCGGCCAGAGAGACCACCCCGACUCCUUGGUCCUCUGAGGGAGAGAACGCCAGGCCGGCCAGAGAGACCACACCGACUCCUUGGUCCUCUGAGAGAGAGAACGCCAGGCCGGCCAGAGAGACCACACCGACUCCUUCUUGGUCCUCUGAGGAGAAACGCCAGCGGCCAGAGAGAACACCGACUCCUUGGCUCUGA